AUCUGUCAUUUCGUGUAGGAAUCUUGCAUCCGUUCUCAGUAAAAAGAGGGGAAUAAAAUUCCAACUCGGUCGGAGACGGAAGCUGUCGCUGCUUUCCGACAUUAGCGGCCCACGAAUCACGAUGAGCUGCUCCUCAUUCGGCUGCUACUUGAUUUCACCCUUCAAGCUCCGGAAAAGAGCCCUAGAUUUCUUGCCAAAUUUUUGAAUAUUUAAUUAUAUAUAUUUUCUUCUGUUGUAUGGUAGUAGAUUCAUGGAUGCUGCCGCCGCCGCCGCCGCCGCCGCCGCGUCGGAAACGCCAUUCUUCAAUCGAUCAGUUUUCAUCAGCAAAUCAAAUUCAUACGCAUUAGUCGGCCGUCGCAAUUCGCUACUGAAAUUAUCGCACAAUUUGCCCUACAACAACAUCCGCUGCGACACUUGUUGGAUUCCGCUGGACAAGUUUCCAAUCGCUUUCUUCAAUUCAAAUAAAAGGCUUAGAUUUUGUUUAUUUUCCGUUAAAACCAAUUCUUAUACGGGUGGGAGCAGUGAUGACGAUGCUGUCAGGGUAGAAAUCUUUCGCGAGGUUUUGGUGAGGAGGAGCCUGGCCUUUGCCGCGGUGGCGAUUUGGGCGGUCGGAAUAUUGAGUUUCCGGAGAGCGUUGGCGGCGGAGGGUGUAGUGAGUGCGGGGUAUGGGGUUUGGGAGCGGAGUGUAUUGGCGUUGAGGAGCUCGUGGCCGAAGGUUUUGCAGGUUUUGACUCUUUUCAAAGAUCAGGGUUUGGUUUUGGCGGCUCUGUUAGGGCUCUCGGCCUUUUUCUCAAUGGCCGAGACCUCCAUUACAACGCUCUGGCCUUGGAAGGUGAGGGAAUUGGCUGAUAAAGAGCCCGAGAAUGGUGUGUUCAAAAUGCUGAGGAAUGAUGUUACUCGAUUUCUGACAACAAUCCUCAUUGGCACAACAGUGGUUAAUAUUGUCGCGACAGCUUUAGUAACUGAGGCUGCAACUGCAGUAUUUGGUGAAGUUGGUGUCAGCGCCGCCACUGGAGUUAUGACGGUUGCUAUUCUUCUCCUCACUGAAAUUACUCCCAAAAGUUUAGCUGUUCACAAUGCCACCGAGGUUGCUCGCUUUGUGGUUAGGCCAGUGGCAUGGCUUUCUUUGAUACUGUAUCCUGUUGGCCGAGUUGUAACAUAUCUGUCAAUGGGAAUGCUGAAACUGCUAGGAUUGAAGGGAAGAAGCGAACCAUAUGUAACUGAAGAUGAAAUAAGAUUGAUGUUACGCGGAGCAGAGUUAAGCGGGGCAAUUGAGGAGGAAGAACAGGAUAUGAUUGAAAACGUGUUGGAAAUAAAGGAUACACAUGUUAGAGAGGUUAUGACGCCUCUUAUUGAUGUUGUUGCCAUUGACGCCAAUGCCACGCUUGUUGACUUCCACAAUUCAUGGGUGGAUCAUCAGUAUUCCAGGGUUCCCGUUUAUGAGGAGCGUAUUGACAACAUUGUUGGUAUUGCAUAUGCUAUGGACCUUCUGGAUUAUGUGCAAAAGGGGGAACUUCUUGAAAGUUCUAUGGUGGGAAACAUGGCUCACAAACCCGCGUACUUUGUUCCUGAUUCUAUGUCUGUGUGGAAUCUUCUUAGAGAGUUCCGCAUCAGGAAGGUACACAUGGCCAUUGUUCUAAAUGAAUAUGGAGGAACUGUUGGUAUAGUGACCCUUGAAGAUGUAGUUGAAGAAAUUGUUGGUGAAAUAUUUGAUGAAAAUGAUUCAAAGGAGGAAAUUCAGAAAAAAACUGGCUAUGUAGUCAUGCGUGCCGAAGGUAUAUAUGACGUGGAUGCUAAUACAUCAAUUGAUCAACUCUCAGAAGACCUUGACAUCAAAAUGCCGGAGGAUGUUCAGUAUGAAACGGUUUCGGGUUUUGUCUGUGAGGCGUUUGGAUACAUCCCAAGGACAGGUGAGACCAUAAAAGUGGUCCUUGAAAGAGCAAAUCGAGAAGAACAUGGCGAAUCUGACCAUCAAGAUGAAACCGAGAAGACUCAAAUUUUUAAGCUUGAGAUACUCGCAGGUAAUGCCAGAAAAGUUAGUGCUGUUCGAUUUGAAAGAAUAAACAGCGACGAAGCAUCUCUGGAAGCCAAGGAUGCGACUCAUUUAGCUCCCAAAGAUUCGAAAAAGAAAUCCAGCAGCAAUGGCGAAAUAGAGACGAUUGAGCGUGAUGACACCCCGUUUCAUGAUGUAGGAAACGACCGCGCAAUGUCUGUACACGAAGGCAAAACCAAUGAGGUAAGCAAACCAGAAAUCACCGAAUAUAUAUACAAAUUUAUGCGCGCAGGAUAUAAUCAGUAGCAGCAUCAUGCUACAGGAACCAAAGAGCAGUUUUGAAUUGUAAGAAAACCAAUGUCGGGUAUAGAAUUGAAGGAGAUUUUUUUCUUUGAGGAAGGCUGUCAUGAAGACUUCCUAUGGUUGGAUCGAUUUGAGACAUCAGUUCCCUUUCCAACACCGGACACAAGUUAAUGUUGCGCCCGGUGUCCUGACGGAUUGAUCGGUCACCUAUGCCUAUAGUGAAGACUUUCUUGGGCAUCUUCUCUCUUGCUUCUUGUCUGAAAUAUUGUUUCCAUGUCCAUUUCUAUGAUUGAAGCUUUCUGCUGUUGUUAAUGUGUGUAUAUAAUAUAUGUAUGUUCCGAGCCUGUGUAAAGACAGCUGUUGCUCGAUGACCCUAAUUCGUUCAUGAGAUUUUUUAGGGAAAUUUUUGUGUAGUAGCUGCUUGCUUGUAAAACACACUCUCCAUCCUAAUCCAAUCUUAUUUUGAUGUUUUA